AUGGCCGAGCAAGGCGGAUCGCAUCUGUCAUCGUCGCAGACCCUCUACAACUCAACCUCGUCCCUCCCCAGUUCGAAACUAUGUUCUCAAACAUAUAAAUCAGCCUCGCAGCUGUUUCUGACACGUCGUCUUCAAGAAUCCUUCAACACGCUUAUCCCGAUUAUCACAGCACCAACGGCGUCCGAUGACGUCCAGAUCACGAAUGGCGACGCCGACGGCAACACUUCCACACUUGCACCGAUCGCAUACGCAUCAAGCAAUGUCAGAAUAAAAGUUUGGAAUUUGUAUAUCACGCUGUUGAGCAAUGUUAUUGAUUUGGGACCUGAAGAAGGGAAGAAAGAGUUUGGACAGAAAGAAUGGAAGGCUCUGGUAGCCAAGGUCCGCGACGGGUCGAUUUGGGAGGAGAUUGUGCAAACUGGUUAUCAGGGUCUAGAAGGCUCUGUUGAUGCCGAUGUAAUUUACAAUUUAGGAACACUGCUACUGACGCACUCGCCAUCGCAAACGCUCAAUCAGCAGCGACUCGAAACAUAUCUCUCUGCCUACCGUCAGCCAGAUUUAGACCUUGCCGCUUACAUGGAGAACUCGGCGUCGGGUUCUCGACGACUGACCCGCAACGGAGGGACAGACACCCCCAAGGAUUUAGCAGCACGGGUCAAGAUCAUUGAAUUAUUUACACUGCAUGUUCUUCCGCAAAACGGAGAAUGGGACUAUGCCGCGGAAUUCAUAAGACUCAGUGAGGUACUAGACGAGGAACGGAAAGAAGUCUUCCUCCAGACUUUAGACGAACUCAAAGAGGAGAAGGAACGAGGCAAUCAACGAGCAGCAGAACUGCAACGUGAGAAGGAAGCAGAGUUGGAGCGACAAGCACAAGAGGAGGAAGAAAGACGAAAAGAGGCGUCGGCAGCAGAAAAAGCGCAAAAGGCUUCUACUGGACAUAGGAGGGCAAACAGCGAGGUAGAUUACGGAAUUGAUAAGAGUCAUCCCAAUGGUGCUGCCAAAGGUCGAUCUGUCAAAGGAGCCGACAAGCCAGGGCCGAGCAGUGAUAAUAAGAAGGCGCAAUCAGCUACCACGAGGCGCACAGCGUUUCCACCGUCAUCGUCAUCGGUUUCAAAAAGUAUCGGAGAGCGAGAAAAGUCUACCGUCUCGGUGUCGCGACGUAUACGUGUUUUCUACAACGUAUUACGAAAUAUUCUGGGGUAUAUUCAAAAUUCUGUCGCUGGAAAUCCGAUGGCAUUCAUCCGCACUAUUCUUUUCACACUUGGGUUUAUUCUAGCGCUGAGUAGACAGGAUGUUCGUGCCAGGAUACAACGAUUGACCAAUUCGAGUUUGCAGAAGAUCAGAGGGACGGUUGGAAUGGGUGUGAAGUUAGUAUUGACGAUUUACUGGGGUAAAAUGGGAACAGAGACGCAAGUCGUUUCUGAUAAUCCAGAAAUGCAAGAUAUGUCUUUGCCGGACAGUCGUACAUCAAAUCGAUGGACGGGCAUACUAAAGAAAGCAGCAUCCAUAAUACUAAGCCAAUGGCUCAUCAUUGGCAUGGGCAUCGCCUGCCUACUAGCCUACCUAUUCCCCAACCUCGCCAAACACGACGGCAUAAUCAGAUCGCAAGACAGUAUUCUCUACGGCGCCGUGGCACUCGUCUUUCUAGUCUCUGGGCUCAGUAUCCCCCGCCAACAACUAUACACGCACAUGUUCAAUUGGCAUCUUCAUGCUUUGGUGCAAGUUACGUCGUUCCUGUUUGUGCCUGCCGUGGUGCUGGCUGUUGUCCAUUUGAUUAUUGCCACUGACCAUGCGAGAGUGAUUGAUCCGGCUGUGUUGGCAGGGUAUAUUCUUACUUCUGCUAUACCGACGACUAUCGCGUCGAAUGUGGUCAUGACUCGAUCUGCUGGUGGAGAUGAUGCCGCUGCACUGGUCGAGGUACUCAUUGCGAACUUUCUAGGCCCGUUUAUGACGGCCGGGUGGACGGUGGCCCUCAUGCCAGAGGCUGAAGAAUUUGAGCCGUGGAAGACUGGCGGAACUAGUGAUAUGAGUCAAAUGUAUAGAGGUGUGUUCAAGCAGCUUGGCCUAAGUGCGCUGUUGCCUCUGGUGAUAGGCCAAUUGAUUCGAUGGACAUGGGAGAAGCAGGUUGCUUCUAUGCUGCAAAAGCUCUAUAUCAAUAAGUUAAGUACGGCGUGUAUGAUUCUGCUGGUCUGGACGACGUUUUCAUCUGCUUUUGCGACUGAUUCCCUCGAGGAACUCACGACACAAACCGUUAUAUUCACCGUAUUCUUCAAUGUCGCACUGUAUCUCUUCCUGACUGUGGUCUGCUUCACAUUAUCCCGACCACCUCAUACCCUGAGAAAGACCCGCUGGGGAAAACGCGUUUUCCGUGCAAUGCCUCCCGAGGAAACGAUUGCAGUCUGUUUCUGUGGACCGGCCAAGACAACUGCAUUGGGAAUUCCGUUGUUGUACGCCAUGUACGAUUCAAUGGAUCUUUAUACAAAGUCCAAGACUUCGAUUCCUGUGCUGUUGUAUACGACAGAGCAGAUUUUUGUGGCGCAUUUUAUGGUGUAUGUUCUUCGGUGGUGGAAGGGGCGAUUGGAGGCGGAUGAAAAACGAGAUGUUGAGUCUGAUGUUGGGGGUCGUGGACGAUAA